UCAGAUGGGAAGUGGGUUUAUCUAAAUCCCAAGAACGGAGCAUUCUACCCACCUGCUGAGGGAUGGAAGUGCCAAGAAUUAUUAUGCGUCAACAAGUAUUGGGCAGUUUCUGAUUUCCCCCCGGGAGAUGAGGAGGGGGAUUUACAAGAUGAAGCCACGGCACUUAGAGUGUACGCUGGUGUCGGGAAAUCAAAGAAAUUUCCCUUCCCUGAAACUACAGCAGUGUUUGCGGAUUGGUAUCCACUACAUGAAGCAAGAUUUGAUCAAUUUUAUGGAACCUUUAGAUACCUUACUCCUGCCAGGGAGCUUAUGACAGGUUUGAUAGGAGAAGACGAAAAGAAAAGUUCGUCUAAACGCCGAUACAAUGUGGAGAAGAAAAAAUAUGAAAAAUGUCGACACUCUAUAAGAUGUCGUGGAGGUAGAUGUAGGGACAGCAGAAGGCGAUCAAGAAGUCCUGGUAGAUCAAGAUCAAGAUCAAGGAGGAGAUCAUCUCAACCUGAUGCUCCAGGUACAGAGGAGAUCGAGGUUAUUUUGGAGAGGACGGAGAAGGUUCGAGAAACGAGUAUAGUACUCUCUGACUCAGACGAACAUACUCAAACUAAAUCUCCGAAUUUUACCCCACGUAGAUCCCUGAGCAGAGAUCAAUCAUACAGGUCAGAGAGAAGAGCUCGACAUCAAAGAUCGGAAAGCCGGGGUUUCUCUCAUAGGCAUAAGAGUCCGAGUCGAUCGCGUAGAUCAAAAAGCCGCGAAGGAUCAUUUAGAUCAGAAAAUAGAGGCCGGAGAUCGAUUAAAGAUAGGUUGGGAAAACAGCAAAAAAACACAGAGGAUCGAGCUCUUAGUGAGGAGAGAAGAGCACUGAGAAGGGAGUGGGAAAGGAAUAAAGCGGAGAGGCAUAAGUUCGAGAUAGAGCGAUUACGGAUAAGAGAAGAACGGAAAAGGCUUGAAUAUGAGCGAAGGGAUCAUGAGGAUAAAAGUAAAUGGCUGAAGAAAAGUGACGAUUUUCUUAAAAAGCUCGGUAUAAAUGAAUUUACAAAUUCGAUCGACGAACCUGUCACAUAUAUCCCGAGAAGAGAGGAUCGACGAUCAAGAAGAUACUCGGAAGAGCGUUUCUCUAGGUUUCGCGAGGAUGAACAUCGUUAUGUAGGAAGGUCUGGAUAUUCGGACGAUCGUAGCUCGAGAUAUUCGGACGAACGUAGCUCAAGAUAUUCAGACGAACGGAAUAACCGAUAUUUGAACGAUCGAGGAUCCAGAUACGACUACGAUCGGUAUGAUGAAAGAAAGAAUUCAAGAUAUGAAGAAGAUGAAAGGGAUAGAUAUGGAUUCAGGGAUCGAUAUCGUCAGAGUAGUGUUUCUUCUUACCCUGAGGAGGUCGUGUUUGGUAAACCUACGGAUCAAUGGGGAGGUUCAGUUUCAUCUAUUUAUCCUGUAGAACGCCCCAGUUCUGUUCUCUCGUCAGCCCGGAGUUAUACAGCCCUAACCCCUCCGCCACCUCCCUCUUUAUCCAGUGUGGAUGAGCAGAUCUUCUCCCGACAAUCAACCUCCCCAAACCGAAGUAAUCGUGUCUCGGACGAAUAUUCCAUGUCUUCAGGUUUUAAAGAUCCUCCUCGUCAAGAUAGUUUAUCUCCGGGUCCAGAUGUAUUCUCGAAGCGGAAAGCAUCUAAACAAAAGGCGGAGCAAAGCAAAACACUUUCUCGUGUUAAUCUAGAUCACGGCGAAGGUUUGGAGCAGAGAAUUCCCGUAUUCGGAGCCGAUAUUGAUUUGAGAGGAGUAAAAAGUGUUCCAGAAAAUCCAGAUACUCUUAAACCUGGUAAUUAUCUGUUGGUUGUAGUGGAUAUUACCUGUAUAGGAUCAGGGCUCAAUCAAGAUCCUUAUCAAAUAGGAGCCUAUUCAUUCAUUGGAGAUUCUUUUCUCAGUUGUAUUUUGCCGGAGAAUAAUAUUGCUAAAGCUAUGAAGGAUCCGAAUUUACCAUUAAAUGAACGAAAGAAAAAGAAUAUGGCCGAAAGAUACGAUAUUUUCAAUCCUGCGUCAGGUUUAUAUGUGGAGUGUGAACAGGAGGAAGUUGCAUUUAAAAAGUUCCUGAUGUUCCUGGAGACAGCUAAGAACCGAACCCGUCCUGCCUACGACGGAGUUGCAGUAGUUUUCCAGGACGAAGAUAUAAUCCCAGUCUUUUUUCGCUUCCUGAGUCGAACCCAGACUAGAGAUUGGUUCUGGCGUGUGGUUUCCUCCGUUGGCUCCGUGUACACCUACGUAAAGUUCACCAUGGCGCGGAACCUAGGUGUACUGGACAACCUGGAGAAAACUAAGUUGAAGAAUGGCGACCUAGUCGGUCAACUUUACUACGUUGUGUUCCGUCUCCGGAUUGACUCUACAAGACUGUUUUCUGAUCUCAAAGCGAGCUAUUUAUACAAAACUUUGUUAAAAGCUCUGGACGAUGUACCAAAUUAUGCAAACUUAUUUAAGCCAUAUACCUAUCCUAAUGGAUCAAAAGUACUGAAGUACAUAUUGAAACCUAAGAAAUACGAGGACAGGUCUGAAAUGUUCACACCUCUACGUAUGUUCAUAGUAAAAACUCUGCAGGCUCAGCGAGCGGACCUUGUGCAAGAAAGAAGUGAAAUCCUGCCAGAAUUACGAGAACCUGAGGUUUCUGCGCAUGUAAUGUGUAAGAAUUUACUAGAAGCAGAGAAAUGUUCCGAACUGUUGAGUACAGUAUGGUCUGCGUGGUUCACAGAAGUACAAUCUUAUCAGACUGAUUUUAAAGACUUGUUCAUAAUGUGUUUCUUCAGUAUAUUGGCAAGAAGGUUGCAUCAGAGGGCAGAUAUUGUUAUUUCUGGUGGAGGUAUGGUGGGAGCUUCGGCUGCUGCUGCUAUAGCUAAACUAGAUGUUACGAAGAACAAGAAAAUUGUUCUUCUGGAGAGUUCACAAAAAAAACCUAUAGAGCUGGGUUCCCAGUACAGUAACCGCGUCUCUGCACUGAACCCCGGCUCUAUCCGACUCUUGGAUAAGAUUGGAGCUUGGCAGAUUAUUUCUGAACACAGAUAUAACCCGGUUCAUAAUAUGCAGGUCUGGGAAUCUCUCUCCGAUGCCUCAAUCUUCUUCUCAAACCCUGACGGAACACCUCUCUCCUAUCUAGUAGAAAACGAUGUGACUCAGCUUGCCCUAAACUUAGUCCUGGAAACCUGCUCCAACCUGACCGUGAUCUACGGUGCUAGAGCGGAGAAGUAUACUCUACCGAACCCAGGGAAGGAUUGUUUACCGGAGGAAAACGUUCUUAUUCACCUGGAGAACGGAGAUACAUUGGAAACUGAACUACUGAUUGGAGCUGAUGGGUUUAGGUUCAAUCUUAUUAAUCAUUCAAUAUCCAACCCUAAUUUUUCAACUAAAUAUACACAACUACUGUUCCAGGCUAAAUCCAAGAUGGGUUUGACCGAGGAGGAGUUUAUCUCCGACCUGCAAAGGAACCUGAUGGAUAACACCCAGCAGAACCCCUUUGUUAACUCUGCAGCAGCAGGACUUAACCUGGUUCUUCAGAGUUUUACAACCCAACCAAAACACAGGGAAAUACCGCGGAAAAUAAAAGGUGUAAAAAAUAGAGCUGGGUUCCCUCUAGGGUUCUCACAUAGCACAAGAUAUAUUGGAGCUAGGACGGCUCUUAUCGGAGACGCUGCUCACAGAGUUCAUCCAUUAGCUGGACAGGGAGUUAAUCUAGGUUUCGGAGAUGUAGAGACCCUCUCUAGAGUUAUAGAUGGAUGUAUAAGAGACGGAGCAGGGUUGGGUAAUCGGAGCUACCUCGCUGAAUAUGAAACGGAAAGACAGAGACACAAUGUUCCAACCAUGUUUUCUAUCGAUUCUCUACACAGACUUUACUCAACAUCAUUUACCCCGGUUGUUCUCGCCAGAACCCUGGGAUUACAGAUAACUGACUCACUUGGUCCACUAAAGAAAGCUCUAAUGUCCCACGCUUCCUCCGGAUAAACAGGAAAUGGAAUCUUGAACCGGAACUAGAAUACGCAAGCCAGAUGAAAAACCUAACUAAAUUUGUAUAUGAAGAUAAAAUUUAUUGUUUACAAAGAAAAUUCAAACAGAAUUACUAAAGAAUAGUAUUAUAUUUCAGAA